AUGGAUCGCUACACGAAGAUGUUGGUGUUCACCACAAUUUUGGUAUUGAGUUUACAACAAACAUGGGGAGUUAGGCCAUUGAAAGAGAACAAAUUGUGGCAGAAUAAGCUAAUAAUACAAUCACUACAGAGAGGCCCCGUGCAGGGUUCCCAGAGAAACCCUUGUUCCACCGUCCCUGGCCGCAACCGUGGACGCUGCACCUUCCAAACCAACGUUGCUCUUGCACCACCAACCUUGCCAGAAGUUGUAACUUAG